AUGCGACUGCUCAUCCUCAUCAUCCACACCGCCAUCUCGAUCUACGCCGACGGAAGUGAUACUCGUCCCAAGCCAGGUCCGGUGCCUGAGGUUCAUUCCCCUCCGGCUAUUGUAUUCGAGGACCCACCUGACUGCUUGCAGCAUACUGCCGACAUGAGCGCCUGUUUGUAUGCCCGGCAGAGUUCCACUCAGCUUCGUAUGGGCUCAAUUAUGAAGUCAUUAGAUGGCAAUCAACUGGUUGUGGUCUUCCAGAUAGACUCAUCUGUUCCGGGACAGUUGAAUCUUGAUAUUCCCGAGGCAAACGGGACGUUCUCGUUCCGUGUUGAUCUCCCAAGUGGAAUGAAGCUCACCAUAAACUUCACCAUCCCGUACUUCAGCGCAUCCGGCGGAUAUAUACCUCCGCCCAGAACAAAUAUCAAGGAACUUACCUUCGGUACGAUAUUAGCUAUCGAGGCGUAUGUACCGAAUUGGGGGUCGGUGAAAGCAUACACGGAAAGAAUUGGUAAAGCCCGUGCCUACAUCCCAGGACCAAAACACCCUGGCUUCGUAAAGAUGGCCCACCAUGCAGAAAGACGUGAGAGGGGCCUUUUCGCGGAAGUGAUAUUCUAUUUUGGCAUGUACACCCUAGACGGAGUGAACUGGAAACGCUUUUAUGCGUAUGCUGAUGUCAAAAUCCGUGGUGAGAGGGAUGGUACAGGUUUCGAUCACCAGGGACGACUUCACCUCUUUAACAAAUCAUCCUAG